UUUCCUACCCAGACUCUCCUCUCUCUCUCUCUCUCUCUCUCAAAACGCAUUGAAUUGAAGGAGAAAGCCCCGGAAUUAUCUGGCUUUCAUCGCACACGAUUUGGGUCCACUACCCAUUUGGCUACUUAGAUUGUAUUGCUACAACAACUUCUGAAUUUUCUUCUUCUACUACACCAUUUUUCAUUGCUUGAGAUCUUUCUGGGUUUUCUUCAAACUUCAAUUCCAGGGCUGGGUUUUUCUGGGUUUCUUUCAUUUUUCACAGCUACUUUUUUUUUUUUUUUUUUUUUUGGGUUUUUCCAAUGGCGUUUGUUGUAAACUGCUGAAUCCCAACUUCGAAGGUUUUUGGUACUCUUUGUUAUAUAAUGGCCACUUCGGGUGGUUAUAAUUACAGGAAUGGAACUCAGAGAGGCUCUCUCAAGGUGGAUAAACCUCUCUCUGUGAACUCCAAUACCAAGUCAGUUGUCAAAUCUAAGCCUUUGUCCGCUUCUGGGGUCCGCCGGAAUAGUACAGGCUCGCUUGGUGGCGCUACUGGACCUCCCAAGGACGAUGCUGGAGUUCUAGGAAGGGUUCGAGUGGCUGUAAGAUUAAGACCAAGAAAUGCAGAGGAAAAAGUAGCAGAUGCUGAUUUUGCUGAUUGUGUAGAAUUACAACCAGAGCUUAAAAGGUUGAAACUCCGGAAAAACAAUUGGGACUCUGAUACAUUUGAGUUUGAUGAGGUGCUCACAGAAUUUGCAUCACAAAAACGUGUUUAUGAAGUUGUUGCAAAGCCUGUUGUGGAGAGUGUCCUAGAUGGUUAUAAUGGGACGGUUAUGGCAUAUGGUCAGACUGGCACUGGCAAAACGUAUACUCUUGGACGACUUGGAGAGGAAGACACAGCUGCUCGUGGUAUAAUGGUUCGCGCUAUGGAGGAUAUUUUAGCAGAUAUUUCUCUUGAGACAGAUUCUAUCUCAGUUUCCUAUUUGCAGCUUUAUAUGGAGACCAUACAGGACCUUCUUGAUCCUGCAAAUGAUAACAUAUCCAUUUUGGAAGACCCAAAAACUGGAGAUGUUUCAGUCCCUGGGGCUAGCCUAGUUGAAAUUAGGGACCAACAGAGCUUUAUUGAACUACUAAGAGUAGGAGAAGCUCAUCGUUUUGCUGCAAACACGAAAUUAAACACGGAAUCUUCACGUAGCCAUGCAAUUUUAAUGGUACACGUUAAGAGAUCUGUGAAAGGAAGAGAUCCGACUCUUUUAAAUGAAAAUGGUAACAGUUCUCACAUGAUUAAAACUCUAAAGCCUCCUCUUGUUCGGAAGGGCAAGUUAGUUGUAGUGGACCUUGCUGGUUCAGAGCGUAUUGACAAGUCAGGAAGUGAAGGACAUACAUUAGAGGAAGCCAAAUCAAUCAAUCUCUCCUUAAGUGCAUUAGGUAAAUGCAUUAAUGCACUGGCUGAGAAUAGUCCACAUGUUCCAGUUCGGGAUUCAAAGCUCACGAGACUGCUUCGGGAUUCAUUUGGAGGCACAGCAAGAACUUCGCUGGUUAUUACCAUUGGUCCAUCCCCACGUCAUCGAGGAGAGACAGCUAGUACUAUAAUGUUCGGUCAGCGGGCGAUGAAGGUGGAAAACAUGUUGAAAUUGAAGGAAGAAUUUGACUACAAAAGUUUGUCUAGAAGACUAGAUAUACAAUUAGACAAACUCAUUGCGGAACAUGAAAGGCAGCAGAAGGCAUUCGAGGAUGAAAUUCAAAGAAUAAGCAUACAAGCUCAAAAUCAGAUUUCUGAAUCUGAAAGGAACUAUGCAGAUGCACUGGAGAAGGAAAGACUGAAAUAUCAGAAAGAAUACAAGGAAUCAAUAAAGAAGCUUGAAGAGCAGUUAUUGAUGAACCAACGAAGUUAUGGCAGUGAGAAAGGCACUUACGGACCCAAAGAUGAUUCCUCUAAUCUGAUGUCUAACAAAGAGAAUUUGUCUGCCGCCAAGGAAGUUGAUGAGCUAAAAGAACUGCUUCAGAAAGAGACUCUUUUAAGGAAGGCUGCUGAAGAGGAAGUCACUAAUCUCAAAAGUCAAGUCUCUGAAUGGAAAAGGGCAGAGGCAGCUGGAAAUACUGAAAUACUAAAACUUCGCAAGAUGCUGGAAGAUGAGGAACGUCAAAAAGAGAAACUUGAAGGAGAAAUAGCAAUGCUACAAACUCAGUUAUUGCAAUUAAGUUUUGAAGCUGAUGAGACAAGCAGAAGACUUGAGAGGGGUGGGCCUGUUAAAGUUCUUGGUGGUCUAGAUUCUCUUAUGACACAAGUUAGGUCUCCACAGCUCAAAGAGUCUGGAACUGAAGAGAAAGCAUCAAUAGCUAAACUUUUUGAACAAGUGGGGUUGCAAAAGAUAUUGUCUUUGCUAGAAGCAGAGGAUGCUGAUGUCCGUGUUCAUGCUGUUAAAGUUGUUGCAAAUCUUGCAGCUGAAGAAACAAAUCAGGAGAAGAUUGUACAAGCAGGCGGUCUUACAUCCUUGCUGAUGCUGCUUCAAAGCUCUGAAGAUGAGACCAUACAUAGAGUUGCAGCAGGUGCAAUUGCGAAUCUUGCAAUGAAUGAAACCAACCAGGAGCUUAUAAUGGCUCAAGGAGGAAUUAAUUUGUUAGCAAUGACAGCAGCCCAUGCUGAAGAUCCACAAACUCUUCGAAUGGUUGCCGGAGCCAUUGCUAAUCUCUGUGGCAAUGAUAAAUUGCAGACAAAACUAAGAGGUGAAGGUGGUGUCAAGGCAUUGCUAGGAAUGGUCAGAUGUGGACAUCCAGAUGUUCUUGCACAAGUUGCUCGUGGAAUUGCAAACUUUGCAAAAUGCGAGUCUAGAGCAUCCACGCAAGGGAUAAAGUCUGGAAGGUCUCUUUUGAUCGAUGAUGGUGCACUUCCAUGGAUUGUGCAGAAUGCUAACAACGAAGCCUCACCUAUCAGGCGCCAUAUUGAGCUUGCGCUCUGCCACCUGGCACAACAUGAAGUGAAUGCUAAAGACAUGAUCAGUGGAGGUGCCUUGUGGGAGUUAGUUCGCAUCAUGCGAGACUGUUCACGAGAAGACAUAAGAACUCUUGCACAUAAAACUCUAACUUCCAGUCCUACUUUCCAAGCCGAAUUGAGGCGGUUGAGGAUCGAUUUUUGAUGAGUUUUGUGGAAAAUAGUUUGAAGGUGAGGAAAUGUGGCAAACAUUUAUUAAGCCUAUAGCAAAAUUUCAAAGGGUAGGAUUGAUUUCUGCUGUCAAACAAAAAGGAAUUCUUCCAGGGUGUGAUGCUGCCAGCUGUGUUGUUGCUGAAGUUGUCAAUGAGCUUGUCCGUUUUGGUUUUUUGUUAUAGCAUUAAUAUGUGUAGUUGGAUUACACCCUAAGUUUUGUUGACAAAUGUUAUAUGUUAUUUAUCACUCUAGUCUCAUUCAUAUUUGUACUUUGUGACCCUGUAGCUUCUAAUCCAUUUGUAUAUUGAUUUGUAUAUGAAAAAUAAAUAGAAAAAAGGGAUAAACAAGCUUUUCUUGUC